AUGCACACUCUCUAUAGACCUCGGGAAAAUAUUCCCUAUCGUGAAGGGCUGGAAAAAGCUCGACUGAAAAGCAGGCGCGAGAAGUUCGCAAGAGUCGCUGUCGUCGCAGACCCGGUCCAACCGGCAGCAGACCUCCCUUUUGUUGCUUCUUUCGCGAACGAUCACGAGCGAAAUGCCAGACGUGAAGAAAAGAGUUUGUCGCAGGCGGACAAGCAGCGGAAAGAAGCUCAUCAAGCUCUCUUCAAUCAGGCGAGAAGACGGAAAAUCGAGACGCGAGAGGCUCUCUACCAGGCCGUCGCCGAUCGCGAGGAGGCUAAAGAACUCAACCGCAUUCAGUUCCUCCGCGAGCGAAGCAAAAGCUAUCCCUGUCGAGAGGGCUUUGACAUUGUCAGUCUCGAGUACAAACGGAACGAGGACGGCCGCAAGCUCCGCGUGCGAGAUAGAUACGCUCAGUACAGACAGGAACUUCGCGGCUAUACGCUUGCUCUCCGUUCGGGCUUCUGCAACAACCCAAUCACAGGAGACGGCGUUUUGAAGUUGCAGCGCCCCGCCAAGCCUCCAGGGCUUGAAGCCGGUGCCUCCGAAGAGCAGCAAGCUGAGGGACGCGCGGGAGGACGCUCAGAAGACGCUGGUCACAGGAUUAUGCUGGCACACGGGAGUUCUUCUGUAAAAAACAGACAUCACGGAAGGUGA